CGGAAAGGACCGGGAUUCAGGCGCCCACUCCGAGGGGCCGGACGGUGGUAUCUCUUUCUCCGCUGGUGGUCCAGCGCGCAUGAGGGAAUCGAGCCUCGGCUCCUCAACGGCCUCAGCAGUCGGGACGCACACACUCUGCGUCAUGGCGGGCUAAGGCCGAUGAUGAAUUCCGGUGUGCAUGUCAGGGUUGCUGUGUCACUCGGCCCGCUGGGCGCGCCCCUUCCCGGCCGCCCUUCCGCACCGGCCUUCGGGCUCUUCCGGUCCCGACGCCUCUAACUUUCAGGCCCUCUCGCGCUGCACGCCGGCCUCUCCGGCGGACUGAUCUCGCGCGGUGCCAGGGCACCGGGCGCCGGACCUACUAGGGCCAUGGCGAGCGGCGCCGCCAGGUACCGGCUGAGCUGCUCGCUUCCGGGACACGAGUUGGACGUGCGGGGCCUGGUAUGCUGCCUCUAUCCACCGGGGGCUUUUGUGUCCGUGUCCCGAGACCGCACCACCCGCCUCUGGGUCCCAGACAGUCCUAACAGGGGCUUUACAGAAAUGCACUGUAUGAGUGGCCACUCCAAUUUUGUCUCUUGUGUAUGCAUCAUACCUUCAAGUGACAUGUACCCUCAUGGACUAAUCGCCACUGGAGGAAAUGACCACAAUAUUUGCAUUUUCUCACUGGAGAGUCCAGCGCCACUUUAUGUACUAAAAGGUCACAAAAAUACUGUUUGUAGUCUUUCAUCUGGAAAAUUUGGGACAUUACUUAGUGGCUCCUGGGACACUACUGCUAAAGUCUGGCUGAAUGACAAAUGCAUGAUGACCUUACAGGGUCAUACAGCUGCAGUAUGGGCAGUAAAGAUAUUACCUGAGCAGGGCUUAAUGUUAACUGGAUCAGCAGACAAGACCAUUAAACUGUGGAAGGCUGGAAGAUGCGAGAGGACUUUUUCUGGGCAUGAAGACUGUGUAAGAGGCUUGGCAAUUUUGAGUGAAACAGAAUUUCUCUCCUGUGCAAAUGAUGCUAGUAUUAGAAGGUGGCAAAUCACUGGCGAGUGUCUUGAAGUAUUUUAUGGUCAUACAAAUUAUAUUUAUAGCAUAUCUGUCUUUCCAAAUUGUAAAGAUUUUGUGACAACAGCAGAAGACAGAUCUCUGAGAAUCUGGAAACACGGGGAAUGUGCUCAAACAAUCCGACUUCCAGCUCAGUCUGUAUGGUGCUGCUGUGUGCUAGACAAUGGUGACAUUGUGGUUGGUGCGAGUGAUGGUAUUAUUAGAGUGUUUACAGAAUCAGGGGAUCGGACAGCAAGUGCUGAGGAAAUCAAGGCUUUUGAAAGAGAACUCUCUCAGGCAACCAUUGAUUCCAAAACUGGUGAUUUAGGGGACAUCAAUGCUGAGCAGCUUCCUGGGAGGGAACAUCUGAAUGAACCUGGUACUAGAGAAGGACAGACUCGCCUAAUCAGAGAUGGGGAGAAAGUCGAAGCCUAUCAGUGGAGUGUUAGUGAAGGGAGGUGGAUAAAAAUUGGUGAUGUUGUUGGCUCAUCUGGUGCUAAUCAGCAAACAUCUGGAAAAGUUUUAUAUGAAGGGAAAGAGUUUGAUUAUGUUUUCUCAAUUGAUGUCAACGAAGGUGGACCAUCAUAUAAACUGCCAUAUAACAUCACUGAUGAUCCCUGGUUAACUGCAUACAACUUCUUGCAGAAGAAUGAUUUGAAUCCUAUGUUUUUGGAUCAGGUGGCUAAAUUUAUUAUUGAUAACACAAAAGGUCAAAUGUUGGGACUUGGGAACCCCAGUUUUUCAGAUCCGUUUACAGGUGGUGGUCGGUAUGUUCCAGGCUCUUCAUCAGGAUCUUCUAACACACUGCCUGCGGCAGAUCCUUUUACAGGUGGUGGUCGGUAUGUACCAGUGUCUGCAAGUAUGGGAACUACCAUGGCUGGAGUUGAUCCAUUUACAGGGAACAGUGCCUACCAAUCAGCUGCAUCUAAGACAGCGAAUAUUUAUUUUCCUAAAAAAGAGGCUGUCACUUUUGACCAAGCAAACCCUACACAAAUAUUAGGUAAACUGAAGGAACUUAAUGGAACUGCAUCGGAAGAGAAGAAGUUAACUGAGGAUGACUUGGUACUUCUUGAAAAGAUACUAUCUCUAAUAUGUAAUAAUUCUUCAGAAAAACCCACAGCCCAGCAACUUCAGAUUUUAUGGAAAGCUGUUAACUGGCCUGAAGAUAUUGUCUUUCCUGCACUUGACAUUCUUCGGUUGUCAAUUAAACAUCCCAGUGUGAAUGAGAACUUCUGCAAUGAAAAAGAAGGAGCUCGGUUCAGCAGCCAUCUCAUCAGUCUUCUGAACCCUAAAGGAAAGCCAGCAAACCAGCUGCUUGCUCUCAGGACUUUUUGCAAUUGUUUUGUUGGCCAGGCAGGACAAAAGCUCAUGAUGUCCCAGAGGGAAUCACUACUAUCCCAUGCAAUAGAACUGAAAUCAGGGAGCAAUAAGAACAUUCACAUUGCUCUGGCUACAUUAACCCUGAACUAUUCUGUUUGUUUUCAUAAAGACCAUAACAUUGAAGGGAAAGCUCAGUGCUUGUCAGUAAUUAGCACAGUCUUGGAAGUUGUACAAGACCUGGAAGCCACUUUUAGACUUCUUGUGGCUCUUGGGACACUUAUCAGUGAUGAUUCAAACGCUGUACAAUUAGCCAAAUCUUUAGGCGUUGAUUCUCAAAUAAAAAAGUAUGCCUCGGUAUCAGAACCAGCUAAAGUAAGUGAAUGCUGUAGACUUAUCCUAAAUUUACUGUAACAGUGGGCUAGGGGACUGAGAUUUUAAAUUGUUAAGUAUUUUUUUUUCUCACAUUUCACAUGACAUUACAGAUGAUGAAAAGAAUGCUGUGGAUUAAGUAAAAUUUCAGAUCUUGUAAAGUGGGGGCGGGGAAGGGGAAACAAAGGAGAAAUAAAAUUUUUGCACUGAUGAACUGU